GUAGAAACAGAAAAACAAUAAAACAUUAAAAUGUUAAUUAUUGAGCUUGUUUUAGUCCAGGGUUUCCAAAGUGCGGUCUGAGGGCCAUUUGUGGCCCCCUGGGGGGAUUUUGUGCGGCCCCUCACCUCAAUGCAAAUAAGUGACAUUUUCUUAAAAGAAGAAAAAAAGAGGUAAAAAAAAACCCAGAUUCCCGUUAAUUAGCGACGUUUCUGCUCGUCUUGGCUUUGGAGUAACUAGAACCACAAACACCGACCUAAAAAACAUCAACCAUGUUAGAAACCGUGAGCCUGACUUAUAAUAACCCAACUGUGGAGAUACGUUUUCUACCUACAACGAUUUAAAUUUAAAUUUGGAUUAUUAAUGAGCAGAUAAACCUUUAAAAAAAGGAAGCAAAGUUCCGGCGUGUUUGUCAUAAAAUACUUUCUGUGACCUGAAAGUUAGUUUGGUGAUUUUGGACGUUGAGAAUAACAAUAGAUGGAUUUUCUUCUAAAGGUUUUUGUCCACCUGCAGGUUUAGUUGACCGUCACUGUGCAGCAGCGGUUGGUCGGUCACUGUCUGUGUUUUUAAAGCUACGGCGUCCUGCUCGGCAUGAUGGGAAAGAUCUUAAAAGCUUCGCUUCGCCUGCUGCUCUUCAUCCUGCUGCAGCUGGAGACGGGAAGCGGGAAGGUUUUGGAGGAGACUUACCUGAAGUGGCUGCAGUACAAACAGAACUGCAUGAAAACCAUGCAAAACGAGCCGCGGCCUCCAGAUGGUUUGUUCUGCAACAGGACGUUUGACAGAUACGCCUGCUGGCCUGACGCUGCUGCAGGCUUCAUGGUCAACAUCUCCUGUCCUUCCUACCUGCCCUGGUGUCACAAAGUGUCUCAGGGAUCGGUGCGAAGGCGCUGCGGGUCCGACGGACUCUGGGAGACGGACGACGGCGGCCAUGUGUGGAGGGACAUCAGCGAGUGCGAGGAGGAGGAGGAAGAGGCGGCGUCCCAGGAGCUGUGGGUGAUGCUGGGCUUCAGGACCCUGUACACCGUGGGAUACUCGCUGUCCAUGUCGACUCUCAUCAUGGCUCUGAUCAUUGUUCUGAGCUUCAGGAAACUCCACUGCACCAGAAACUACAUCCACGCCAACCUGUUUCUGUCCUUCAUCCUGCGAGCCGUGGCGGUCAUCGUUAAGGACUCGAUGCUGGACCGCCACUUGGGGAGAGAAAUCGUCAGACACGCCGACGUCACCGAGAUGCUGAGCCACCAGGCUGCCAUCGGCUGCCGUGUCGCACAGGUUGUGAUGCAGUACUGCGUCUUGGCCAACCACUACUGGUUCUUUGGAGAGGCCGUGUAUUUGUACUCUGUUCUCAUUUCCUGCGUUUUCAUGGACAACAACAAACACCUGCCGUACCUCUGCCUGGGCUGGGGCACCCCUCUGCUGUUUGUGGCUCCCUGGGCGGUGAUGAAGGCCCUGAAGGAAAACAAAGAAUGUUGGGCCGUGAAUGAGAACAUGAGCUACUGGUGGAUCCUUCGCUGCCCUGUCAUCUUAGCCGCUCUAAUCAACUUUCUGAUUUUCAUGAAGAUCCUGCGGGUGAUACUUUCCAAACUACGGGCCAACAUCCACAGUCGAUAUCCAGAUUACAAACUACGGCUGGCCAAAGCUACCCUCACCCUCAUCCCUCUGUUCGGGGUCCAUGAGGUGCUUUUUAUCUUCGCCACAGAUGAGCAGGCGACAGGGCUGCUGCGCUACACCAAAGUGUUUUUCACUCUCUUCAUCAGUUCAUUUCAGGGGUUAAUGGUGGCGGUUCUCUACUGCUAUGCUAAUAAGGAGGUGCAGACAGAGCUGAGGAGGAAGCUUCGCAGCUGGAGGACAGAGACGGAGGUUUUAGGCCAUCCACAGUGACUAGCGGUGCUUGAAUCUCGAGGUGAGACUUUCUCCAUCGCCACCGUUCCGGAUCGCAACAUAUCCUCCAUGUCAGCAACCAGAGCAAAGCCAGACAGAUCCCCAAACCCUGGGAACUCACAGACUGUUGGACGCAACGUUUGGACAACUCCUCCACAAACUGAUGGUUUGUUGAAGCAAUCACCACCAGCAGCAACCGAAGAAAAGACCACACAGCUCAGGGGUGUGAAGGAGAAGGAAGAAUCAUCUGUAGAAAUGCAGGUGUCCUUCCUCAUUCACCUGAAAGACCCUGUGGAGUUGCUGCCACAUGCUGUUAACACAGACUCAGACUGAAAACAUUAUUUUUCGGCAUAUAUUUUCAUGUAUUAUAUUCUAACACAGAUAUGCGUUUCAUAUUUGAUAUUUUAU